UUUCGACUUGGGCUGGCGACAUGGCCGACGUCAUCAAGCGCGUUGACCCGAGAGUCGCCGCCUUCCAUGAUAUGGACGUCGUCCUUGGCGCUUGGAAAACGGAGUUGGUGCAGGCCAUGCACGGCGACACGGCCGACGACGACGCGGCCAGCUCGACGCGCCACAGCGAUAGUGCGUCCGGCCAACCCGAGUUGCAGUGCCAGCGAGACGUUGCGGCCACGCGCCUGAAGACGGCGAAGCGCACUGCCACGAUUCGACGCGGUCACAUCCUCGACAUGGCCAAGCUCCGGCGCGCUGCCAACGACGACAAGGCGGCGCUCGUCGACGCGUACACUGCGACCGACACUGGGCUGCGCAAUGUAAUCGAGGCCGUCACAGCAAGAUCCGCGGCCGCUGAGGCCCACGUCGUCGAGCUCACGACCAAGUGCGACGGCCUCACGGCCGCGAACAGCCUUCUGGAAGCGCAGCUGGUCGGGUUGCAGUCGACCGCGGACGAGCACCAAGUGGAAGUCCGCUGCUUGGAGAACCUAUUGCACGCAUCCGAGCUGCACGUGCUCGACCUCUCCUCGCGCGAGGCAAGUGCAGUCGACGUCAGCACGGUGUUGCAGUCCAAGAUCGAUAAGCUCGCGGCGAAUCUCCGCACCGCGGUGACCGAGUCCUACGAGUGCAAGCAGCGCCAUGACGAGCUCGCGCGCAUGAACCAGGGUCUCGUCAACGCCGACACGCAGCAAAAGAGCGACCUGGUCGCGCUGCAAGUCCGUCUCAAGGUCGCGACUGCGUCGGUGCAAGCCAGUGCCCAAGAGCUGCAUGCGCUCGCCGUCAAGAAGGACGCUGUGAUCGCACGCCUGCGGGACGAGCUUGCGGCGGCCAAGACGGACGCUGAGCGGGCCAUUGCGGAAGCCGUUCGCACGCGCCAGGACGCCCUCGAUGCUGCGUCAAUGGAGCAGGAAGCGGCGCGCAUGCAACUUGUCGACGACGUUGCAGCCGCAGACGCCAGUACGAACCUUCCCAACCUCUUGUUUGUCGAUGGUGACGACUUUGCGGCAGACUUGCAGCGACUUGAAGACGACCUCGCAGCGUCCAAGGCUGAGCUUGCUGAGGCAGCGACCGCUGCGGCCUCCAGCCAGGCGACGAUCGAGGCGCUGUCAGCGGACAAGCUCCGGCUUAUCGCGACGGUCCAAGAGCAGAAAGCCGGACUCGCUGCAAUGUCGUUGCAGCUACGCAGUGCCGUGGCGCGUACGGACGCCAGUACGCAGCAGAUUGAGUCGCUCCUCGGUGAGAAGAGCCACCUCACGUCGGUUGUUCAGCAGCGCGACGCUGCGAUCGCUGUGUUCAAGGCCGAGAUCACCGAAGCGGCGACCGCUGCAGCCUUCAGCCAGGCGACGAUCGAGGCGCUAAAGCCGGACUCGCUGCAAUGA